AUGCCCUGCCCGUAUGGUUGCCACCCCUCGUACGUGAUGCCCGUCCAGCUUCAGCCUCAGAUGUGCUGUCAUGGGUAUGCGUUUUACAACAUGUUCGGCGCCAUGAACUCAGCUGCCGGGGCUUUCGCGGGUGCUGCCGCCGGAGCGGGAGCCGCUGCUGGAGCCAACUUUGCCAACAACAUGUGGCCCAUGACCCCAGCUGCCAUGACGAUGCCAAUGAUGGGGUACAGCAUGGGUGCCGGACCUGUCUCCAUGGCCGCUCAGUCCUUUGUUUACACUUCUCCCGUCGGGCCCAACACGGGCAUCCCGAUCCAGAUCACGUCCUUUUACCCCAUUGGCACAUUUGUUGGCCCUGGCGGACCUGUCCAGGCGCCUAUGAACGGCUGCGCGCCUCCGAUGGCUAUGCCCUUUCGCCUAGCUCCUUAG